CUGGGCGGGAUUCAGGACGCCUGUUUAAGCAGAGUUUUAGAUUUGUAUCUAAAUGCUUGGAAUGAGUAAUUUAUUAUAUUUAUGUCCAUUUUAAGAAAGAAAAAAAAUAUUUGAAAUAUCAUGUUUCCGGAUAUUGUGGAAUUGUUUUAAAAUGUUCUCUCGGAACAAACCGAAACCAGACAAUUUGUCAUCUUAGAGCUGCAUUUAAUCCUGAAUAAACACUAAACAAAGUAAACACGGUUUGUUUGUUCCGUUUCACUCAAAUAACCAUUUCCACUGCAUCCUCCUCCUUUUUCAUUCGAAUCUCACGCGGCUGCCAUGGAGACGAGCGCGCGCUGUUCCAUCCGCUGGCGGAAACACUGUCGCCACUAGAGCGCUGCCUUUUGUUCAGCGGAGUUGUGUUGGAUUCUGUCACAGUCUCGGUGGUUUUUUGAGCGGGGAUCAUGGCACCUCACAAGCCCGGCUCGGAUCCGUACAGAUCCGCAAAAACACACGCGCAUCCAACACACGCCAGCAGCCUGGCCAUGAGUGCUGCCAAGAGACCGAAAAUGGAGCAGCUCCAAGCCGACCACGAGCUCUUCCUGCAGGCCUUCGAGAAACCAACUCAGAUAUACCGAUUCCUUCGAACGCGGAACCUCAUCGCUCCCAUUUUUCUGCACAGGACCCUCACGUACAUGUCCCACCGCAACUCACGAGCCAGUGGCAAAAGGAAACAUUUCACCGUGGACGAUCUGCUCUUCAAGGUGGAGAGGAUGAAAACCGAACAGGAGGCACACAAUUUGGCUUCGCACCUGCAGCUCACGUUCACUGGCUUCUUCCAUAAAGUUGAUAAGACCCAGAACUGUGAGAACGAGGAGAGUUCUGUGUCACUGGAGGUGUUGCUCAUCAAAGUGUGUCAUAAGAAGAGGAAGGAUGUGAGUUGCCCCAUAAAACAGGUGCCUACUGGGAAGAAACAGGUGCCGCUGAACCCUCGAGUGAAGACGGGGACGUGGCCGACCAUCACGGUGCCCAGUCAGGAGUUUGAGCCCAGUAACAGCCACAUGGUCAAAUCUUACUCACUGCUCUUCAGGGUCACGUGUCCUGCAGGGAGGGAGAUCAGUACACGAGACAACAAUGUUGCUGACGAGAUACCCGGCAGAAAGAAGCGUUACUCUUCUCACAGAGAUGACGGAGAGACAACGUUUGUAGCACAGAUGACUGUGUUUGAUAAGAACAGUGUGUGCAGGCGUCUGCAGUUGCUGGACGGUGAAUAUGAAGUGUCCAUGCAGGAGAUGGAGGAGUGUCCCGUCGGCAAGAAACGAGCCACGUGGGAAACCAUUGUGGACGGCAAGUGGGUUCCUCCGUUCGACACGUUCUCUCAUGGCCCGACUCUGCAGUUCACGCUCCGCUGGACAGGAGAGGAAAGUGACCUCACCACACCGCCGGUGACCCGACCACUCGCUACACGCAACACGCACACAAGUGGCAGCGAGAACCAGAGGACUAACACACCUAAACCGUCACAAACAGUAGCUGUUAAAGAUCCUGUAAGCUCAGAUGCCCUCCUGCGGAAAGAGCAGCUUCAUAUUGAGCCUCGGCAGAAACUCCGCGUCUAUUAUCAGUUUUUGUAUAACAAUAACACGCGGCAGCAGACAGAGGCUCGAGACGACCUGCACUGUCCCUGGUGUACACUUAACUGCCGUAAACUUUACAGUCUCCUCAAACACCUCAAACUGUCUCACAGCCGCUUCAUCUUCAACUAUGUGCCUCACCCUAAAGGAGCUCGGAUAGACGUGUCGGUGAACGAGUGUUACGAUGGAUCCUAUGUUGGAAAUCCUCACGACCUGCACUGCCAGCCCGGCUUCGCCUUCAGUCGCAACGGCCCUGUUAAACGCACCUGCGUCACACACAUCCUUGUCUGCAGGCCGAGGCGCACUAAGCCGAGUCUCUCCGAGUUCCUGGAGUGUGACGAGGUUCCACUGGAGCAGAGGAGGCCGUUAGUGAGCGGCCAUAACCGCCUAUACUUCCACAGCGACAGCUGCAUGCCGCUGCGUCCUCACGAGAUGGAGGUGGACAGUGAGGACGAGAAAGACCCCGAGUGGCUGAGGGAGAAAACGGUCAUGCAAAUCGAUGAGUUUACUGACGUCAACGAAGGAGAGAAGGAGGUGAUGAAACUGUGGAACCUUCACGUUAUGAAACAUGGAUUUAUAGCUGAUAAUCAGAUGACUCAGGCCUGCAUGCUGUUUGUGGAGAACUACGGCUCUGUGAUCGUGGGGAAGAACCUGUGCCGGAACUUCCUGCUACAUUUGGUCAGCAUGCAUGAUUUCGGCCUGGUGAGCACACUGAACAUCGACAGGGCCAUGGCUCGUCUGCGCCAGUUUAAACCGGCCAUGAAUAAUGACAACUCAGAACCGGCAAAGGAACACGCCUGAAACCCGUCUGGACAGAAACUUUCCUAGACGACAAGAGCUGCCAGACCUCUGGAUGCCAGAUCAUUCAUUUUAACCACACAUCAGCUGUUUCGUUGGAGCUAAUGAACGACAUGGUGCGUUGAAAUAAUGGGUGCUAUUUUUGUACCUUUUUUUUUUUUUUUUUUUGGCGCCAAUUUUCGAUGGAAAUAUUUUUAAUAUAUUUUAAACAGCGUGACACAUGGGGGCAAGACCUGGCCGACUUGGCGACUUUUAUUAUUAUUUUUUUUUCGUUUUGCUUUUUUUGUAUAAUUAUUUUGUCUGAUGUUUUUGAAAUGUGUACACAUUGUGCGAUAUGACAAAAAAAAUAGUCCUGGUAGUACAUCAGGGGUCAACAAAGGAUGGGCUUGGGUUAAAUUCGCUCACCGGUCAUCACACUGCCACUUUUUAGCUCAAUGUCUUGAUGAGCAUCAAAUCCUAAACUUUAUUAAUGGAGCAUAUUUGCUAAGCAAGCUGACUACCUAAACACAACACAACACUGCACAAACAUUAGCAGCAUGUUGAGUACCUAGCUAGAGACUUUGCACAGUAGCUAGCAAUAGACAGAAUGACUAGCAUGCUCGCUAAUGGGAAACUCUUUCUGCCUAGCUGGAGUUCGAGCCAAAGAUGUAAACAGUGUUUGGUGAGGUCAUAUGAUUGUGAUUGGCUAAUUUAAUUCAAGCCUCAUCCUUGAUGUCCAGUCAAUCAUCACAAUACAGAAUUACAUAAUUUUUGGAAAAUUGGAACACACCUUGUGUGUGGGGGGAGGGGUUAUGUUUAACUGGUUAAUAAAUGAAUAAAUACAGUGUGAACAGGGGCAUCAUUUCCUCAAAGUCCAUAGUUACAUGUUUGCCAAGCAUUGUGGCUUUUUUCAUUUAAAAAGAAUGUUGCUACUGGUCGUUAAUAUACUUUCUGAUCGCUUUCUCCAAGUAGAUGCUGAUGAAAUGAAGGAGAAGCUCGGCAUGUUGCACCGUAGCGCAAAAACAUGGUCGCCUCCCCCCUCCACCCCUGAUGUAUAACAUAGAUCGGUACGCCUAGCUCGGUUCUGCUAUGUUUACAGCUCCGAACAAAGGCGAAGCUUAAGCAAAAAGAUUUGACUCAAUGUCACAAUUCAAGUAUGAAUCUAAAUGCAUUACGCAAUAUAAUUACACCGCUAAUGUAACAUCAGAACAACAAAACUACUUAGCUACUGUCAGUGCUGCCCUGUGGUAGCUGAUGAUCUGUUAAGGAUGUGUUUAACAGUUUACUAACUUAUGUCCUGUUUCACGUCAGGACUACUCAUCUGCAGUAAAUACUCAUCUGCAGUAAAACAUCUGCAGUAAACAGUAAGAGUUUUAUGACAACAUUGUGAAGGAUAUACUUUUCUCGCCGGUUGUAUUUUAACCAGCAUCCUGAUCUGCAGCAGGCUGAAAUAAUGAGCUGUUAAACACGCCAUGUGAGGUACUCGUUUUCCUGUAACUGUUAUUCAGGGUGAUUCAGAUCUUAAAACCAGGCAGGUGUUGCACAUCCGUAGUUCAAAUCAAAGAAGUGGCAUGGAAGGAUUGGUUGUGUUUUUUUUAUCAUGUCGCCAGGAGUUGUUGAAUCACUUACCCUUGACCUAGACAUGUCUGUUAUUCAGUCUGUGUUUAGGGGUAGAGGACAGUUUGCAUUCGCGGUUUCGUGGUAAAUAACUGACGGAACUCUUUAACUUGUUGAUUAACACACACAACACACACACAACACACACACACACACGGAGUGAGAGAACGCUGUGGUUACAAGGUGCUGAAACUGAAGUGUGAAUGUCUGUAACUGUUGCACUGAAACCAAGUGGUACACACUGGGCAUGUGCCGGUAAUCAAUACACGAUAUAUAUAUAUAUAUAUAUAUAUAUAUAUAUAUAUAUAUAUAUAUAUAUAUAUAUAUAUAUAUAUAUAUAUCUAUGAUGAUGCUGUGAAAUAUCUGCAUUAUCUCUUUCUCUUGCUUUCCGGUUUGGAUCGGUUUUCCUCACAAUAUUACAAUUGUCAUUGGCCAGCUUCGUUCUAACGGACACACCUAGCUAGGAUGUCAGCUUAUGUGUUACAGGAGUUAGUUCUACUCAACUUUUCCUUUCUUCUCCACUCGUCAGUUCCUAGCCUGAAUAUCAAAUUAGCGUUAGCGUUUGUUGCAAAACAAGACAAGGCUAGCUCGCUAACAAACACAUGCUAGCAUGAGUUAGCUCGCUGGGUCUCUGCUUCAAGUGAUUAAAUGUGAGCAAUUUCUACACGUGCUGUUCUUAGCUUUAAUGGUUUUGCCCUUUAAGCAGAGUUAUCUGCUAGCGUAACGUUUAAACAUGUUGGGCAUGUCGUCUGACACAAACGUACAUGGAAAGGUGAAUUUUUUAAAGUUUCUCAGCUAAUCUUGUCCCACUAGCACAAGGACAGCUUUCUGUUUAGAUUUUAAGCUCGGUGUUUUGUCACGCUUCUGAAAUAGUGAAAAAUGAACAGAAUGGCUAAAGCUAAAUAUUUCUUCGAUACAGCGGUUAAAUAUCGGCACAUGCCUAAAGCACACACACACACGUACACACACAUACACACAGUACAGGGUAACACACACACACAAAGCCUUGUGAGCAGGGAGACACCUUGCAGAAAUGUUUACACUUAGUUUAUAAGUACUUCAUGCAGGAUACAGACUUUUAGUGUGGAUAUUUUAGUCAUAUGGGUGGGUUUUUUUGUUGAAAUUAGGAAUGCACUGAUACAUAUUUUUCAUUUUUCUGCACAAUAAACAUUGAGUUGCAAUAGUGACGCGUAAAAACAGGACUUGCUUAAACUGUUAUUUAUGCUCUUAUAGUUACAUUCCAGUAUGUGUGUGCAGAAGGAGGAGCACUGAUUUGGUGGAUCUUGGGGGAAGGGGGGGGAAUAAUCCAGGCCCAGGACAGCUAGAGGUAAAGCUCAUGUCACCAAAAAAAUGAAGAGUGGAUCAGAUCAGAUCCUAUCCAAUGUCUUUGUUCCAUGUCAGAUCAGUGCAUCUGUAGUGAGAAGUGCAGGCUUUCUUUUUCUUUCCCCCCAUUUCCAUUAUUUUUAAUAGCAAUGUGUGUUUUUCUUUCCUGCUGAUUAUGUUUUGUUUUCUGUGUCUUUUUUGCUGUUUUACUUUGCUUUAACCAAAAUGCAGUGACGGGCGAUGUGCCGUUAAUCAGGUCUAUGAUACAAUCAGAAUAUUCUGUGAUAUAAACAUGAUCUAAAUAUUCUCUCCGUCUUGUAAAAAUCUUUCAUUUGGAUCCAUUUAAAGCCUCGUUUUUGGUAGAAAAGUAGGACUGUAAUUUAGUUUAUGUUGGAAAAACACAAAUACACCUGAUGGUAUUUAAUGUAGUAUGUUCAUUUCAUAAACCAUGGUAUAUUUGGAAAUCUUGAACAAAGACAGAAUUUUCCGAAUAUGUAUACAAGCCAGGCAGCUUGGUGUUAUGCAAGUGCAUUUUCUUAUCUUUACCCCUAUCUGUGUUUUUAAUUAGAUUUUAAAAUUGUCAUGCCGUGUUCAGUAAAGGUGUAGACUGAUUAUCGGCACAUAGCUGUACUGUACACAUGGGGAAUAGAUGCAAAAAAAAAAAAAAAAGAGGGAUUAUAUCUCAUGAGAAGGAUGAGUUUUUUUCCGAUGGAGUCGACUUCACAUACCAAAGGGAGCGAAGCUACUGCAGUUCGUUGAAACUCUUCGUAUCCAUUUUGGAGGUUCGGCUUUAUUUUUUUUAUUUUUUUUGCUGGAUCUGUGCGAGAGUUCUUAUUACAUUCUGCAGACUUUACCAGCUUAAAAAAAAAAAAAACUUUUUCAGCACCUCUAACGGAGACCAGUGUCGUUUGCACAAGAUACAGUUGGCUAUGGAAGAGAAGAAAAAUAAAUCUAUGAACUGAGAAGAGCCAGCUUGGUGCUUUCGCUCGAUAAGAGUUGUUUUGUUUCCUAUUUAAAAAAAAAUAAA